UACACGUAAAUAAUCGUAUUGAAACCCGCGAGGAAAAUAUUCCAUUGCUGCUAGCACGUAGCUAGCUAGCUAUUUGUUUUGAUUUCUCGGGCUUGUGUAUUUUCAAAUAAUAACUCAGUCAUUACUGUUCCGUUUGUACAAAUAACUAGCAACUUAACCGAAGGAAAGCAGCUGCAUCCGCACCGUGAAUCAUUGAUUUGUGAGCAACUAAUUUAUCUAAAGGCUAAUGUUAGCUACAGUAGAUAGCUAAUCAUUCCAUCUAGCUAGUCAGUUGUUAUUUGUCACAUCAAAUGUGCUUGCAACUGCGUUAGCUAGCAAAGUAGAUGAUUUUCAAUUUACCAGGCUAUCAAAUCGUGUGAAAACUCUCGAGUAGGUUGCUCGUGCGUCGAGAAGCUAUCGCGUUUGAUAACACGACUUUUCCGCAUAUAGCUAGAUCAAGGCCAACGACCUUGCUGUGAUGUAAACUUGCAGAACACCGUUGCUUGUUUUGAUUUACAUAUAGUCGUUUUAAUGGGGAAAAGGAAAGACAUGAUCCACCCAAGGUUUCUUUUAGGUGAUGGAGACCACCUGGGGUUACACAGCCUCCAUAGGAGGAAACACAAGAAGCAUAAGAAGCACAAGAAGAAGCAUCACCGUGACGACGGGCACAGCUCCUACUCCGAGGCCCUGGAGUCAUCUUCUGGCAUCCUGAUCAAGCCCCCCACGCAGCUCCGACUCAAGCCCCCCACGCAGCUCCGACUCAAGCCCCCCACGCAGCUCCGACUCAAGCCCCCCACACAGCUUCGACUCAAGAUCAAACUGGGAGGCCAAACGCUGGGGACCAAAAGUGUGCCAACAUUCAGUGUGGUCCCUGGUGUAGCCCGCACCCCGUCUCCUCUGAUGAUCGUGGACGAUGAUGACGACUCGGAUGAUGAUGACGAUGAGGAGCCUUCUGAGGGCGUCCCACUCGAGCAGUACCGGGCCUGGCUUGGUGAGUGCCAAGAUGAGGACAGUAACCUGGACCCGUCUCCUCUGCCAGACAUGGACUCUGACUCCUUGGGGGGGCUGGGGGGGCCGGUGGACGAGGAGGAGAAGUGGCUGGACGCCCUGGAGAAAGGAGAGCUGGACGACAACGGAGAGCUGAAGAAGGAGGUCGAUGAGUCACUGCUCACAGCCAGACAGAAAGCCCUCCUGCAUAAGCAACAGAACCAGCCUCUCCUGGAGCUGCCCAUGGGCUACAAGGAGAAGGAGAUGACCGCUGAGAUGAUGCAGAAGAGGGAGGAGCGUGCCCGCAAGAGGCGCCUGCAGGCUGCCAAGAAGGCAGAGGAGAACAAGAACCAGACCAUUGAGAGGCUCACCAAGACCUCGAAGGCCAAGAUCAAGAGCAUGAGGGAACGCAAGUCCAAGCAGGCCCAGUGUCCCAUGGUCCGCUACUGCGACUCGGCCCAGGGAAUGGGGAUUUCCUUUCCCAAGGGGGUGCUAGCCCCCACCCCUGCUCCCCCGUGCCCCCCUCCACCGGCACCGGUAGGGUGCGGCGUAAACGGGUGCAGUAAUCUGAAGAGGUACUCGUGCUCCAAGACGGGGAUCCCGCUCUGUAGUCUGGAGUGCUACAAGAAGAAUCUGGUCCUUGUUGUGGAGAGCACCACUUGAACUUGACCUCUUUGGAAGGUUUUGGCUUGCUGGCCGUACAGACUCUAGGGCAAAUCAAAGGACAAGGUGGAUAUUUUUUAUUUAAAAAUGCUUUCUUUUUUUUCUUGAUAUGUCCAGUAAUUGGUCAUUUCCUCUGCAUUUCUGGUGACAAACUAAUGACAUUAUGUGUACUUACAAAAGAGAUGAAUGUGGUUCAAAUCAAUGCAUCAGUCAGUCAGUCAGUCAAAUUUAGCCCUGAUAACACGCAUCAUAAUAAUGGAGGCUACAGCCACAUUAGCCAGUUUGUACUUUCUAGAUCCUCUGUUUGUGGAAAUCCACGUGAUGUAGAUUGUAUAAGAAUUUAACAAGGUAACCUUGUUUUGUGAAAUGAAUCAGCUGAUCAUGAAGGACUUUCAUUUGUGUAAAUAUAUCGUUAAUGGUUUUGUAUUCAUUUAGGAAGCUGUAAAGCACUGUAUAGCAUCAUGUUAACAUGUUACACACUGUUUGAUAAAUUGAGAAAAUUACCCCAAGAAACCAAAACAGGUUUUUAUUUUAAUCAACAGACUCAAAGGUGCAUUUGUAUCACAAAUGAUUUGACUUCUAUGCAAAAUACUGUACAUCUUAAAUACAAUACCCCCCCCCACAAUCAAUAACAUAUAGGAAUUUAACUCCACUUAAGGCGGUUGCCAUGACAAUGUGGAGAGGCUUGCAAGCAAGAACAGUCACAUUAUUUGGUCAGGCACACUUAAAAGGUGCUACACAUAGGAUUUUUGCACUGCAAUUUCAGCUGUCAGCUGUUUGAGCUGGUGGAGCAAAACCCAAAGUAAAGGCUCAAGUGCAAUUCUCUGCCAUGUUACAGGGAAAUGGGAUGAGGGGGAGUUUUGUUUUGAAUGCAGCCUUAUGCUAGGUGAAUUGCAAGAUAUUUCACAGCAAUUUAGAUUGUACAAUGAUUCCCUACACUAUCCAGUGCUUGUUUUCACACAAACUGAAAUUGAGCGAACAGUGUAGAAAUUUUGCAACCAGGAAAUGACAGAGCGAUUUCCACUAGAUAACACAGCCAGAGUCAGAAGCUGCUCUGGCGGGUCAAAAUCAAUAGGCGAAUAUCACAGCCAAUCAUAACACUGGUGGGUAAGUAGUACUGUGAAACACUGUCAUUCCACUAUUACUGCAGAUAUAUUAUGGACAUUUUCAGAAAUUAAAAUGCAAAAGUAAAAAUCC